AUGUCGACCCACGAUGUUCCUGCCGUCCUCGGCAGCUUCCCUGUGCCGACCCUCGACCGCCCCUUUGGCAUCCACCUCUGGCCCAUCUUCAGCAAGGCCUUUGAGUUUGUGGCCGGCUACCCGGCCGAGGACUUCAGAUUCAUUGCCGGCGAGACUCCCAUGUCCACCCUCAAGGAGACAUCCAUCUUCGUCGUCAUCUACUACUUCAUCAUCUUCGGCGGCCGUGAGCUCAUGAGGAACCGCGAGCCCUUCAAGCUCAAGACCCUCUUCCUCAUCCACAACUUCUACCUGACCGCCAUCAGCGCCAUCCUCCUGGCUCUCUUCAUUGAGCAGCUUCUGCCCACCGUCGUCCGCAAGGGCGUCUUCUACGCCAUCUGCGACGUCGAAGGCGGCUGGACCCAGCCCCUGGUGGUCCUGUACUACCUCAACUACCUCACCAAGUACCUCGAGCUUCUGGACACCUGCUUCUUGUUCCUCAAGAAGAAGCCUCUGACCUUCCUCCACUGCUACCACCACGGUGCCACUGCUGUUCUCUGCUACACUCAGUUGAUCGGCUCCACCGCGGUCUCGUGGGUUCCUAUUACUCUCAACCUCGGCGUCCACGUCGUCAUGUACUGGUACUACUUCCAGAGCGCGCGUGGCAUCCGCAUCUGGUGGAAGGAGUGGGUCACUCGCUUCCAGAUCAUCCAGUUCAUCAUUGAUCUUGGCUUCGUCUACUUUGCCGCGUACACCUACUUCACCUCGACCUACUACCCCUGGAUGCCCAAUGCUGGCAAGUGCGCCGGCGAGGAGUUCGCUGCUUUCUCCGGCAUGGGUGUCAUCAGCUCGUACUUGGUCCUCUUCAUCUCCUUCUACUUCGCCACCUACAAGAAGGACAAGAAGGCCCCCAGCGCCCGCAAGUCUCUCCGCAAGAUGUCGCAGGCUCCUCUGCCCGACCCGCACGUCGUUGCUAGCGCCAUCGACUCCAACGGUGCUGCCAAGUCGACUGGUGUCAAGACCAGCGGCGUCUCUACCCGCUCUCGCAAGGCUUAA